AUGCUACAGUCCAUCCAGAUCGGGUACAUGGCAGAUGUUUUCGUCGUUGGCAUGGCCCGGACGGAUUUCGCGUACAUCACCGCAGAUAUUGGCCCCUCUCCAAACAACUAUGCCUGGCUACUGGUAUCGAUCAACCUAGCAGGAUCAGUCUUGACUCCCGUCGUCGGCCGGCUCAGCGACAUCUUCGAGCGCAAAAUCUUCCUCCUCGUAGGAAACCUGAUCGGAUUCGUCGGCUGCGUUGUAUCAGCCACCUGCCACUCCAUGGGCGCCCUGAUCGGAGCUGGCGUCCUGAUAGGCCUAUCGUCGGCUGCGCACUCGCUCUCGCUUACAUGCAUCGCAGAAAUGGUUCCAAAGCGAAGUCGACCACUGGCAAACGGGCUUUUCCAGGGCUCGUUGAUUGCAGCGUCUGCGUUCUCGCCUCUCAUUGCUCACGCCUUCGUCCUGCAUACGACAUGGAGGGAUAUCUACUGGAUGGCUUUUGCUCACAACAUCGCCGGCUUCAUUGGCGUUUUCAUCUUCUACAAUCCUGAGAAACGGAAGACUCAGCUGCAGCUUGAGUCUAUCGGCACGCGAUUUAAGAAGUUCGACUGGUAUGGGCCUGUCUUGUAUGUCGUUAUGUUGACACUCAUUGCUAUUGGUCUUCUCUUUGGAGGCUCGGCAUAUCCAUGGAUAUCCGCUGGAGUACUGACACCGACCUUCCUCGGAGUAGCUCUCAUCUUCGUCUUCGCCAUUUGGGAGGCCAUCCACUGCCCUUCCCCGUGGGCCUUCUUGCCCAAACCGCUUGUGAAGGAAUGGCGAACAUUCGACACAAUUCUUUUCGCACUCUUCUUGAGUGGUAUAGGAGACGCUACUACGAUUCUAUGGUCAGAAGAGGUCCAGAUUCUGUACACACAAAAGUCUAUCCCACAGGGCCUUUAUGGCAUGGCGCAUGGUCUGGCAGGUCCAGUCUUCGCGCCCCUUGUUGGAUAUUUGGUACAAAAGGGAUAUGCGCGAUGGUGGCUGACGUUCUUCAUAAUUGGGUUCACGAUCGUGGGAGGUGCGCAGGCUACGCUUUCAACCACCUCGCAAGCAUCAUCCACCGCCCUCGUUGCUCUCUCCGGCGCCUUCUACACCGCCAUAUCCGUCACAGCAAUCGGCAUGAUCCAAGUCGUCGUCAGGCACGAAUACCUUGGAGUCGCCACCGGGAUAGCCCAAUCUCUCCACACAUACGGCGGUGCCAUGACCUCGAUCAUCGCCCCGGUCAUGCUCAAGAACAAGCUCACAGACCAAGUAAAAUCCCGCCUAGUGCCCGCCCUGGCCGAGGCCGGUGUCCCCCUCCUCAACCUCCAAGUCGCGGUCGAGUCUUUCCUGGCGGGGGACGUCACCAGUCCAGCGUUUGCAGGGGCGAAUCCGCUAGGCUUGCUGAAGGCUGGGCAGGUGCUGAAAUCGUGCUAUGUGCAUGCGUUCGCGUAUGUGUAUGAGAUAUGCAUCACUUUUGGGGCGGUAUCCAUCAUCUUUGCGUUGUUUAGCAAGAAUCUGAAGGAGUACAUGUCGCCGGUGGUGGAGAUCAGGUUGAAGAAGUCGAAGGGUUUGCUGCCGCCGGAUGUGGAGGCUUUGACUCACCGCGUCAAGUCACGAGGGAAUAGGAAGGCUGAGAGCGAGGGAAGCGUUGCUGCGAGCAAUAGCGGGCUGUGA